GCCCACACUACCAACGCUCUGAUUGUAGUGAACAUAUUCCUUUCAAUUUGCUUGAAGAUGUGGGUCUUAUCAUGCGCCUCCCCUGCUUAUCCUACUCGCUCUCUUCGAGCUUCAAGACCCAUAGCUACCGUUCGUUCAAGCUCUCGAGGCUCAGUCUCCUUCAGUACUCAUCAUCAUCAUCAUCAUUAUCAGGACCCUCCCUUUGUUCCAGAGGUUGUGAAAGCAGUAGACUCUUUGUAUUCAGAGUUCAGAGCUGUGGAUAAUUUGGUGGCAUGCAACACCGCACGCGUUCUAAAAGCUUUCCAGAAUGCUCGAGUUGGAUCUCAUCACUUUGGCGGAUGCACUGGCUAUGGCCAUGACGAAGCUGGGGGGCGUGAAGCACUUGAUCAAGCUUUUGCAGAAAUUGUUGGAGCUGAAUCUGCUAUAGUUCGUUCACAGUUUUUUUCAGGUACUCAUGCGAUCACCUGUGCUUUGUUCGCUUUUUUAAGGCCAGAGGAUGAGCUUUUGGCAGUUGCUGGUGCUCCCUAUGAUACGUUAGAGGAAGUUAUCGGAAAGAGGGACUCCCAUGGACUGGGGUCCCUGAAAGAUUUUGGAGUGAACUACCGAGAAGUUCCACUUGCUGAGGAUGGUGGACUUAACUGGGACGCACUUGUGGGUGCUGUGAAAACUCAAACAAGAUGUGCACUCAUACAGAGGUCAUGUGGUUAUUCAUGGCGUCGUAGCUUAAGUGUAAAUGAGAUAGGCAGGGCAAUCGAGAUGAUUAAGAUGCAGAAUCCUAAUUGCUUGGUCAUGGUGGAUAAUUGCUAUGGUGAAUUUGUGGAAAGCAUUGAACCUCCAUUGGUGGGUGCAGAUUUGAUUGCAGGGAGUUUGAUAAAAAAUCCUGGUGGAACCAUCGCACCAUGCGGUGGAUAUGUUGCAGGGAAGGAAAGAUGGGUAAAAGCAGCUGCUGCUCGCCUCUCUGCACCAGGGCUUGGGGUUGAUUGUGGCUCUACUCCUGGUGAUAUUAUGCGAGCUUUUUUCCAGGGGUUGUUCCUUUCACCUCAAAUGGUUGGCGAGGCAAUCAAGGGAACCUUUCUGAUUGCUGAAGUUAUGGCAUCUAAAGGGUAUAAGGUGCAGCCACUUCCUCGUGUCCAACGCCAUGAUGUAGUGCAGGCUGUGCAGCUUGGGAGCCGUGAGCGUCUUCUUGCCUUUUGCGAGGCUGUUCAGAGAAGCUCCCCAGUUGGCUCGUAUACUAAACCAGUCGCUGGUACAACUCCUGGAUAUGCAUCAGAGGUGAUCUUUGCCGAUGGAACCUUCAUUGAUGGGAGUACCAGUGAGCUCUCAUGUGAUGGACCACUAAGAGAGCCAUUUGCUGUAUACUGCCAGGGUGGCACCCAUUGGACCCAAUGGGGACUAGUUCUUGGAGAGGUUCUCAAAUCCAUAUAAGCCAAAAUCAAUUUUGGGUCAUGAGGACACAAGUUUUCACAAUGAUAAUCUUCUGGGGACUCAAAAACUGCUAGAGAGCAGAUGGGGAUGAUUUAAAAUAUGGUCUGAAAGAUGAAAAGAAAAGAAAAGCAAAAAGGUAGGAUGAACUGAAUUGCUCAAGGGAUAAGCAUCUUUCUUGUCAACAUCCAUUGUACAAAGUAAAGAGUCCAUCAUGAAGGCCAUACAUGGUCCAUUCCAUAAGCAACGUGAAUAUAUGCUGCCAUUUUAUGGGUAUUUCUCGAACAAUGAGCACGAUGGAGCUGUUGCUGGGUUUUCAUUUUCAGGCCAUCCAUGACACAGCACGAUAGAUUCUUCAAAGAUUUCUAUAUCAACUUCUUGUGUAGUUUGAAGAAGAAAUGAAUGAAUUUAAUCACAGUUACGAUUUUGAUCUCUUUUAAGGUUUACUAGAAAUCAGGUCGCUUGAUUGGAAUUACAAGAUCCCAGUGAGAUUAUAAACCCAGAGAAUGAUCGAAAAAAAAUUUCUUCGUUGUUGCAUUGUUUGUGGGGCUUGUAUUUAAUGGCUGUCGCUUUAAUAACAUUAAAGCAUUUAGGAUUAUAUCUAUUUCAAUUGAAAUGGAGGUGAUUUAUUUAA